UCAAACGUCACUGGAGUUACCAAACCUACAAAGUUCGAAAGCUUAAGCCCUCACAUGUUGAAACAUGUUGAUGCACGAAUACCACAGACUUUAGUUAGUUACCAAAAGAAGCGCCGAUCCCAAGACCCAAAUCUUGUUCAAAUCCGUCUCGGAUUGAUUAAAACAGGGAGGAUUGUAAACGUUGGCACCCAGCUCUCUCAACUUGAGAAGAGGAAGCCGAGCAGUGAAGAGAACGAGUCAAGAAUUCAGGAUGGACCUCCAUGUAUUUUGGGAAGGCUACCACUUCCCAUUCAUUCCAAGAUAAUGUUAGGGUCAGCUAAGGAGAUAGGAAGACCUAACUUGAUGUGUCAAGGCAGUGCUAAACAUCAAAACCACAAGAAAAACUUCACACAAGCUUCAAUGAAAGAAAUGAGCCAAACCUCACAACGAACACCUUCACCAAAAAUUACCACAAACCAAGAGGGUGCAUUUCAAAAACUUGGCAGUACAAUUUCUUUAAAAGGAUACAAUGAAGUGAUUUCAUCUAGAAGGCAAAACAGAGCCGUCAAUGAUAUUUCUAAAGACCUUAAACUGAUGAUCAACCCUACGCAACUCAAUCAAUCCAGCAAUAAUGACAACCUUACGUCUAAAUCUAAGAACAGGCCUCAGUUCACAGGUUCAGAGACAGACCUCAAUACAUCCAUUUAUGCAUCAGGUCAGUGCGGCCGGAUAAGCAACUUCCAGUUCCCUUUGAAGAGCCACGGAUCAUCCACCGAAUGCAGUCAACUGGGCAGAAUCUGUAGACCUGUGAUCAAAAGAGCCUGUGGGACGCCUGACAGUAGACUUACAUACUUGAAAUCUCCUCAAGCAUGCAGAAUUGUUUCUUCUUCCACAAACCAAACAGGGAGCACAGGGGGUAACGGAAGCUCAUCCCAAAAUAGAUGCCCUUCAGAUUCAGAUUCUUCUAAAUCUUCUUCAAGUGAGGCAACCUUACGAGAAGAUUACAAAAGGUACCGAGGUUCGCGGCUACACAAAAAGACACUCGCUAGAUGUAGGAUGAAGUUUGUCGGAGAGGAGAAACGUGAGGUUGCUGUUCAGCCGGCUCCUCCUGAUCUACUCUGUACACAGUCUACAGAAAGCCCAAACACGCAAACCAACUUGGUCAGAAAUUUUGAAAUGAAUGAAUGCUUUUCUCAAAGUCCACUUGUUCAAGAACAACAACAAGAAGAAUUUCUAUGCAACACUGACAGCAUCAAAAACACAGUUUUUGAACACAAGCUUCAACAGCAGAACACAGCAGAAUGUAAGAAAUUUCAUGAAAUACACACUGUGCAGUUAAGCGAGCAAGAAGACCACCCACAAUCACAUCCAUCUGUAGAUGCAGAGAUACAAUCCUGUGCUGGAAAAUGUGUGUCUGCAGACAUGUCAGAAAUUGUCCCCCCUGAAGUGAGACCCAAACCUGCUGUCCCGGCUAAGCCGUCUCAUGUGACCCCACCUUCCGGCGUUCCCUUUUUGACUUCACCCCAAGGGACGGGGGGUGAGGGUCAAGGGUCAGGUCGAGGAUCUACGUUGCUUGGAUACAUUGGUAUAGACACCAUCAUUGAGCAGAUGCGGAAGAAGACGAUGAAGACGGGGUUUGACUUUAACAUCAUGGUGGUUGGUCAAAGUGGUCUUGGCAAAUCCACUCUGGUUAACACCCUGUUUAAGUCACAAGUUAGCAGGAGGACCACAGCUUGGAGUCGUGAUGAGAAGAUUCCAAAGACUGUUGAGAUCAAGUCUGUAUCUCACGUGAUUGAGGAAGGUGGAGUGAAGAUGAAGUUAACUGUGGUUGACACACCAGGUUUUGGGGACCAAAUCAACAAUAAUAACUGCUGGGAGCCCAUAUCCAAAUACAUCAAUGAACAAUAUGAGAAGUUUUUGAAAGAAGAAGUCAACAUUUCUCGCAAAAAACGCAUCCCAGAUACCAGAGUUCACUGCUGCCUGUACUUCAUUUCCCCAACUGGACAUUCGCUUCGCCAGUUGGAUAUUGAGUUUAUGAAACAUCUGAGUCGUUCGGUCAACAUCAUUCCUGUCAUCGCAAAAUCUGACACGCUCACUCCUGAGGAGAAAACUGAAUUUAAACAGAGGGUGAGGAAGGAACUGGAAGCGUGUGGGAUCGAGUGUUAUCCACAAAAAGAGUUUGAUGAAGACAUGGAGGAUAAGAGUGAUAAUGAUAAGAUCAGGGAAGCAAUGCCCUUUGCCGUGGUAGGAAGUGAUAAAGAGUACCAGUUCAAUGGCAAACGAGUUCUGGGUAGAAAGUCGGCAUGGGGAAUGGUGGAGGUUGAAAAUCCAGAUCAUUGUGAAUUCUCCUUACUUCGAGAUUUCCUGAUUAGGUCUCACCUCCAGGACCUGAAGGAAGUCACCCAUAACAUUCACUAUGAGACAUACCGUGCCAAGAGACUCAAUGAUAAUGGAGGUCUGCAUCUCAUCUCCUCCUCCGGCAAUGACACGCAAGAGAGUAACCUGUGAGGGAAACAGGAGAAGGCUAGUAAUUAUAGAUAAUAGACUAAAUGUUACAAAGUUUCACCUUGUACAAGCUGUGCAUGCUAUGAAGAUUUCAUUGCUGUGGAGGUUUUGUCCUCAUACUCCUUUUAACUCCUCGUGGAACUCGUUUGCAUCUCUUAUUGCACAACUCUGGAAAAUUGAAAAACCCUUCCCUAGUUGUUAAGCUCACUAUUGAGUUUCGUGAGCAAGAUUGUUCGUGAUAAUCUUUGCGAAGGUCUCGUGUAAGAUAAAUGGUCUUGUGUACAAGCAUUUUAAACAGUGUCCACUAUUUUCUUCACUCUGAAAAAUGACCUCCAUUAUUAAAACCUCUGUUACAUACUUUUGGGCAGUUUAAUGUGGUAAAUGGGUCACCACCUGGAGUAUCGCACUGCCACUGCAGCUUACUCUGUUGGCCUUAUUUAUUAAAACAUUUAGCACAUUUGACAAUGCAAAAUGCCUGAAAUCUAACAUAAUCAAAAAAUUCUUAACUUGCAAAGUGUUUAAAUGAGUGUUAAAGGGACACUCCACUUUUUGUUUUGAAAAUAUGCUCAUUUUCCAGCUCCCCUAGAGUUAAACAUUAGAUUUUUACCGUUUUGGAAUCCAUUCAGCUGAUCUCCGGGUCUGGCGGUACCACUUUUAGCAUAGCUUAGCUUAAUCCAUUGAAUCUGAUUAGACCAUUAGCAUCGCGCUCAAAAAUAACCAAAGAGUUAAAACUUGAAUCUUCUGUAGUUACAUCGUGUACUAAGACCGACGGAAAAUUAAAAGUUGCGAUUUUCUAGUCAGAUAUGACUAGGAACUAUACUCUCAUUAUGGCGUAAUAAUCAAGGACUUUGCUGCCGUAACAUGGCUGUAGGAGGAGCAAUGAUAACUGUAUGUAACUACAGAAGAGUCAAGUUUUAAAUAGGAAAAAUAUUGAAACUCUUUGAGUAUUUUUGAGCGUGAUGCUAAUCAGAUUUAAUGAAUUGUGCUAAACUAUGCUAAAAGUGCUAGCGCCAGACCCGAAGAUCAUCUGAAUGGAUUCCAAAACGGUAAAAAUCAAAUGUUUAACUCUAGGGGAGCUGGAAAAUGUGCAUAUUUUCAAAAAAAGUGUAAUGUCCCUUUAAAGAAAUAGUCUAUCCAUUUUCCAUAUUUAACUUAUUUUAACUAUUAUUUAUAUUAUUACCUUAACUAAGAAGAGUUGAUACAUACUUCUAUCAUCUUAGUGCGUGCACGUAAGCACUGGAGCGCGCUGCGACACUUCGAUAUCAUUUAGCUUAGCCCAGGGGUGGGCAUCGAGGGCCACAGUCCUGCAGAGUUUAGCAUCAACCUUAAUCGAACACACCUGAAUGUCAUUUCCAAACAGUCCUGAAGACUUCAAUUAGAUUUUUCAGCUGUGUUUGAUUAGGGUUGGAGCUAAACUCUGCAGGGACACUGGCCCUCAGGACCAGGAGUUGCCCACCCCUGGCUUAGCCCCAUUCAUUCAAUGGUACCAAACAGGACUUUGCUGCCGUAACAUGGCUGUAGGAGGCGCAAUGAUAACUAUGUAACUACAGAAGAGUCAAGUUUUAAAUAGGAAAAAUAUUGAAACUCUUUGGGUAUUUUUGAGCGUGAUGCUAAUCAGAUUCAAUGAAUUGUGCUAAACUAAGCAGUAACACUCUCCCUGUCCCAUUAUGAGAGGGAGAAGGGGAGCGGAUUUUUCAGGCGAGUUGAAGUACUCCCAAAAGUGCUAUUCCGCCAUAAAAUAUAGUUCCUCUUUUAAAUCCGCUUAGAAAAGCGCUACGUUUUAAUUUGUGCCACCAAACUUGCUCGUAUAACUACUCGUCUUAAAUAGGAAAACCGUUGAUGUGAUUGGUCACUUCUAACUUUAUCUCUGUUUGGUACCAUUGAAUGAAUGGGGCUAAGCUAAAUCCUAUCGAAGUGUCGCAGGGCGCUCCAGCGCUUAGGUGCAUGCACAAAGAUGAUAGAGGGAUGUAUCAACUCUUCUUAGUUAAGGUAAUAACAUAGUUUAAUAUGGAAAAUGGAUAGACUAUUCCUUUAAAGGUUUUCAUCUCUUUGGCCCUGUACGGAUAUGGCAGCCAUUCUUUAAAUAUUCUAGAAUAUCUGCAACUAUUUUCAUGUUUUUUCUUGCUGUGAAACUCUGCCAAAGCAAGUCUCGGAGGACUCUGACUACUGAAGAACAGCAUAUUCCUAAAGAUCCUUCCAAACAGGUUCAACAAGUGAAAUGCAUGCCAUGACGGAUAGUGGCCAAUGUGUUUACAAUGCUGUUUAGCAUCAGUAUGAUGGCCAAAUAUAAUUCAGGAUAAAACUGAAAGAGCACUGAUUAAAAAUGAUCAGUGCCUUUUGAAAAAUCAAAGUUGUGGCUUUAAGGUUUUCCUUCAGCACAGUUUGUAUGGACACCCUAUGUGUGUGUGUGUGUAUUGGUGUGGAUGAGUACAAAAGUCGCAUACAUUUUUUCAAUCUGCUACAUGUUUUUUCUAACUCUUUUAACUUACCACCAUCAUCACCAGUAUAUUUUCCAUUGUGUGCCAAUAUUUUCAUGCUUUUGUGUAUUUAACAUUUUUACAUUUCAUGUUACCAUGAGAUUCUCCUACAUGAUCUCUGCACAUACUGAUAACUGUACAAAACUUAUGUCAUUAUUUUCAUAUCACAUUUCAUUAAUGCUGGUGUGGAAUAAUAAACCGACUUAGAACAAAGCAUUAUUUAUAUUGUAUUUAUGUUGUAUUUAUUAUAAUAAUUGUUUUAAUUUAAUAAACAUGUUUGCCAUAA